AUGGUUGGGACGCGCAAGUCGCUCGGCGCCGUCGACAGCAAUGCCUCUUCCGCCGCUUUCGUGCUGCCGGCCAGCACUGGCGACAAGAAGAAAGACCGACUGUUGCGCGAACUCUACAUUGACGCCGCCGAAGGGCUACGAGGCGAGAAGAAAGCCGAAUCAAAACAGAGCAUCGACCAAGGCAAAGGCGUAUACACCUGGCGCGGCGCAGUCUACGCCAUUACCGACGACACACCACAAGAAUGGAUCGACGCUGAGGCUGGACGUCACAAGAAGAAGGAGAAGGAAGUCGUACCACAAGCACCAGCAAGCAUGCCGCGGAAGCGACGCCUUGAAGAUGACGAGGAGACGAGGCCGGCAAAGAAAGUACGACGCAGCAUGCCAGACAUGACUUCGCGGAAGCAGCGAGAGGCAGCAGGCACUUGGCCGAGAAAGAAGCUGUCAUCUUUAGGGAGACAACGAGAGACUGGUAGGGAGAUCAGCGAAGAGCCCAGGCCGAAGACAGAUAUCGAAAUUCGGAAGGAAAUGGCCAAGGAACAAGGAUGGGAAGUCGAGAUGCUGCCAGAGAUCAAAGUCAAGUCGAAGCCAAAGCCGAAGAAGAAGGCUGCGUCGAAGAUCACCAAGCAGAAGAAGAAGCAGGCUGAGCCCGAACAGAUGCCCUUCCUCGAGCGGCUGUCCGGAAAGAUUGAGGCGAGACAGCUUGCAUUUGAUGUCGCAAAGAUGGCCAGACUGAACACACGCAUCGCAGACGUCAGCGAACAGAUCGAGACAGCAGAGGACCAGGACGGAAAGUUGGACAAGUUGAAGGAAAUUUUGAGAGCACCAAUGUCGACAAACGAAGAAGCGCAUGAGAACGAACAAUCUGUACAGCAGCGGACACCAGACACCGAGCAGAGCCCAGAGAUACCAAAAGCCACCACCGAAGCCAACGAGCGUACCCACAAAGUCUCCUCCAGCAACACAACCCCCUCCCUCACCACCGACGACACCGCCGCAUCAACCCUCUCCCCCGGCCCUCCGACCCUCGUCCCACGCUCCUCCCCCGAAAUCCCAAACAUGGAAGACAAAAACCGCGGCGGAAAUUCCCUGCGCUGGUCUCUCGACAAAUCCUCGAUCCUGAAAAACCCGGGUCGAGCGGAAAACGCGAUCCAGAAGAGUCGGCUGGAGGGAGAGAGCAAUAAAUUGACUGGUCUUUUGACGACGACGCUCUCGAUGUUACGACUAGUAUGCUCCGCGGUUCUGGAGAUCUUGGAGCUACGAAGAUCUGAGCGCCUAUUCUACUCACGCCAAGCCUAUACUUUUGAAUUUGUCUCGCCCUGGAAUUGUGGCUUACGCACUGAAGAACGCACCACUGUCGAGAACGCUGGCGGAACCGGCGCGUUCCCUGUCACGAUCAUAGCCAACGUCACGGAGCAGAUUCUAAAGGGCGCUGACGCUGUCGGAGCCUUGCCAGACCUAAACGAUCAGCUUCAGAAGCGAGGCUAUACUGUUAUGGAGGUGGCGGCGCCACCAAAGAAGAGCACGAAGAAGGGCACAUCGAAGAACCCGAAGAAGAGAGUGAAGGAGGAGAGCGACGACGAUCUCGACGAGGACCUUCGUCCACCACCGCUACAGACCAACACCUUCGGCCGAAACCCUGCCACGUUCGGACGAAAACUGAGGGCUGAGCCAGUAUGA